GGAUGUAAUUGUGUGCAAUCAAAAUCAAUUAUUGUGUAUGUUUGUUAACGUGUAUACAUAUAUAUGUGUGUGUGCAUGUGCGGGUGAGUGUAUGUGUGUGUUGUUGUUGUUGUUAUGUUCAUGUAUUCACUAUUAUAAAUGGGAUGUAACUGCAUUACCUCUAAUACAAUUGAUUCUAAUCCAUUUUCUUCUUGUUAUUAUUAUUGAAGGGUUAUUUGAUUGAUACAUAGUGAUUGUUUAUUUCAAAUUUAUUCUAUUCUCAAAUAAUAUGGAUAAUAGUAAUUCAAUUAUGCAACAACGUAGAUCAUCGAUUAAACUUUAUACUGAAUUUUCACAAAAUUAUCCAGCAGUACAUAAUCUACCUAUUCAAAUUGAUAAUAGUUCACAUUCAAUUAGAUCAAUUAUCAUUCCUUCAAUGAUUAUGCAAUCAACGGGAAUCCAAACUAUGAAUAUGACACCUGAAGUCAGUGUACAAGUGGAUUUAUUAACACAACAAUCGGAAUUUACUCAAACAGAUUUAGAAGUUGAUAAUAAUGUUAAUAAUAAUCCACCAAUUUUAUUAGAUGCUACAACUGAUUCUUCUAUCAAUAUAGAAAAUUCUACUGAUUCAUUAAGUACACUUCGUAUUUACUUAUUAAAUCAAUUACCGAUUAGUGUAUUAUUUGAUGAUGCCAGUAUUAAGAAAUUACAAAGUUGUUCUAUAUGUAUGGAAAAUUAUCAUAUUGGAGAUCGUAUUAUGGGUUUACCAUGCUUUCAUAUGUUUCAUUAUACUUGUUUAUAUGCAUGGAUUGAUAAGAAUCUUCAAUGUCCAAUGUGCAGAAUGCCAAUUUAUGAAAUCGAUUGACAUGGUGAAUUACUUACCUGUUUAGAAAAAAAGAGAAACUUUGUAAAAAAGGAAAAGAAAAAAGGCAAAGUAAAGAAAUAACAAGUAACUAAGCUAAUAGAAAAGGAGGAGAACAACAUUGAAAAAUCUAUUGAGUAAUAUGAUGUAAUAUUACAAUAUAUAUUUUAAUAAUACUCAUUAUUCUAUUGACUUCUUCUUUGAUAUGUGAAUAUUGUUUUGUUUUUCUUGAAUGAUACUACUUAUAAACCAAGAUGAAUACAAAUGACUUAUUGAUGAUGAUGACGAUGAUGAUUUGGGGUCAGAUUAUGAUUUAUAGAUGACCUUUGAGUGAUGUUGACGUGACCUUGAGAAUGUUCAUUUACUGAUUAGGACUAAAUGAUAAUGGACAAUAGUUGAAUGACACUGAAGUGAACUUGAAAAUGUCCACCUACAUACUAGGGUCAAUGAGAUUCAUAAACUGGUGUGAAGAGUAAGGAUUAUUAUUUACAGUUGGUGAUUAAGGUUACCGAUUACAUUUAAGGUUUUCAUCAUGAACUGACAUCAGCUAUAAUGCCAAAACUCUAUUUAGGUAAAUGGAUGGAUGAAUUUAAGGGCAAAAUCUGAGACCUGUUAUCAUAUACGUAAUUGAUUUGUCCAUUUUCAGAGCGCUAUUGUGCAUUUUUCAAAGAAUUUUCUUAGUCACCCUAACAGUAACCAAGUAACAACUAAAUGAAUCAAACGGCACUGAGUUCGAGUCCCGGAGUGAACACCAACUUUUUGAUGCAAGUACAUCCAGUUAACGAGUCCCAAAUAAGAUUGAACGCGCAUCCUGGAUUCCACUGCUAGCCACCAUCCAUGUUUACUUAUAAGUACAACUGUACAUAGAAAUUUCUUUCAACUACUGAUAACUGUACGUUAUCUUCAUUCUGUUUGAUGACAGAACAUAUCAAAUUGAAUGCAAAAGAUGAAUGAUGUAUCUUUUGUAAUUACAGAUAUUACAGUAGGAAACAUUUGUUUAGAUAACGUAUAACCAACAUGUAUCUCUGGUGAAUAUUCGGUAGAUUGACUUCAUUAAAACUAUGUAGAAAGUUAGUAGUUAGUAGUGAUAUAGAAAUUUAGAUGCAUUGCAUGUUCCGUUAUAGUGAACGAGAACACAAAUGGGGACAGUCAAAUUUCGUGGAUUGGUUGAUGUUAGACACUAACACCAUUGGAUGCCGGCUAUGUGGUCCAGUAGGUUAAGCGUUCGCGCGUGAGACCGAAGGCCCUGAGUUCGAAUACCGCGAGCGGGGUCGUGGAUGCUAACUGCUACUGAGGAGUCCCGUGAUAGGACGAAACGCUCGUCCAAUGAUUCCAGGUUUCCAACGGUGGUCUAACAUCAAUCGGUUCAUGAUCUCAAUCGAAAUCUUAAUAAUCUCCACAACCCUUAUACUGACAAUCGAAUGCAUUUGAACACGAACUUACAGAACAUCUUAUUAAAAUCUGAGAACCACUCAGUAAAUACAUCAUUUGUAAAAUGUCAAUCAAUCGUCUCAGACUUGACUGUUUCUUUAUUUCCACAACAGUCAUUCUUUGUUCUCGCUCUCUUUUCUUCGAUCUUCUGCUAUCAGACAUUUCACUUUCGAUUGAUGAUACAUACUGCUUAUAUCUGUCAAUAUCAGUAGCUGACACCACACCGUUACUUUUCUGUUGACAAACGUCACAUAGUCUGUAAGUGUGAGCAUCUUCGUCUAUGUUGUUGUCCGUAUUGUGGAUACAGACACUUCCAAAUUGAGGAGUAUACUCAAUGCAAGACGUUAGAUGGAGAAGUGCCUGAAAUUAGUAGAGAAAUGAGGGAUUCAAAUUCUAAUCCCGUUGGUUUCCGGCAUCCAUGAACAAUUGUGAUAAAGUAAUG